AUGCGAGAAGUGAACGAAAGCAGCAAGCAAGUGUUCAACAAUGAAAGGAAACGUUUCUCUGUUGGUGCCGAACAGCUGAUUGAGCAGAAAGAGCAUGAGCACAGGGAGCUCAUGAGAAAGUUGGCUAUACAAGAAGCGAAAGCACUCGAGCGACUCGAUGAAAUCGUGGCCACAAUCCAUUCCGACAGCCCGCCAAUAAAUGGCGGAUUCCUGCUGAGCGAUGAGGAAUACAACAAAUAG